GUGGUUCAGAAGGUGUUACAGAUCAGGAUUUAGUAAAUAUUCCUUUAAAAAAUACGAAUGGAAAUAAAGCAAUCUAUUUCAUUCGAAGAUCUAUUGUACCAACUGGUCAUCAAACAUCAACUCAUCAAUUUAAUAAUGAAUAA